GUGCAGCGUUCUUCACUGCGGGCGCUACUACCGCGUCUGCAACGCUCCUCGCGCCACUCCUCUCACGCGGCGGCAACAUUUCUGCGGCCGCUUCUGCCGCUCAGGCCAGGCCCUUGGUGUGGAAGGGGAAGGUAGUCGAGAAGUAUGUGGCCAAGAUGCAUGCUACUAAGAGCAAGGGAAAGUUAAUUGGCGACAGUGGUGCAUGGGGGAAACUUGUCCUCAAGUCGGUGAG